GUUGAUCCGGAUCUGCCGACCUUUCUCUCCCCUCCCCCAGCCCUACCUGUCGUUUCGGCCACGAGAGCUCAAGGGACACCUCGGCGACCACCUCGACGAUCCGGAGGGCGAGCAAAUAACGUGGAUGGACGUAGCUGCCAAUUCGCCGCGUCUCUCCUUGCGUGAAAUUAGCGGCGAUCCGAUCGAUCGAAAUGGACGAGACGGAAGCGAAGAGCGAGCCUGAACCCGAUGUUAAAUCCAUCGAAUGCGACGACGAGGAUGCACCGAUCACGACCACGACGAAGAACGCGUUGAUAACGACCCAGUUGGAUCCUUGCGACGUUUACCCGCAUCGCGUCAAGGUGUCGAUCGUCGGAGUAGGGAAGAUCGGGAUCGCCUGCGCCAUCGCGAUCCUGAUGAGAAGGAUGGCGAGCGAGGUCUGCCUGAUCGACCACGACGCGAACAAGGCUUCCGCCGAGGCCGAGGAUAUUCAACACGUCGGUUUUUUUUUGGGAUGCCCACUGGUAACUGGCACGUCAGAGAUCAGUACGGUGAAGGAAUCGGCCGUGGUGAUAAUUUGCACGCCGGAGACGCAGCCGGGCGAGAACCAAAACGUGAAGCACAACUUGAAGGUGUUCAAGAAGAUAAUACCGGCCAUAGCGAGAUUCGCGGCCAAAUCGGUUCUGUUGAUCGUGACGCGGCCGGCCGACGUGAUGUCCUACAUCGCGUGGAAGUUGUCGGGAUUCCCUUCGAACCGCGUGCUCGGCAUCGGCACGCUGAUCGACUGCGCCAGGCUUCAAGAUUUCGUUAGCAGACGAUUGAACGUUGCUCGAAGCUCGGUCAGUUGCAUGACGAUCGGCUCUCAAGGAGACAUGGCUGGUAUCCCUCUCUUCUCCCUCUUUUCACGUGGAUUCGACGGAUCGAAUCGGUGCCCCUCCCCUUUUGCAGUUCCUCUGUGGUCGAGCAUCUCCGUGGGCGGAAUGAAACUUCGGGACAUAAACUCGAGAAUAGGGGAACAGGACGAUCCCGAGAAGUGGUACGAAAUCGAGGAGAACGUGAAGAACGUCGGGAAGGAACUCGAGGAGAAGAAAGGAUCGUGUUGCUGGGGCGUCGCCAUUUCAACGACGGAGAUCGUCGAUGCCAUCGUAAGGAACACGAAAGUCGUGCUCCCCGCGUCAACGCACAUUCUCAGUUGCGCCCACGGUACGGACAAGGACGUGUACAUGUCCGUGCCCUGCGUGAUCGGUCGCGAGGGUGUCUACUGCACCGUGCGACAAAAGUUAAGCGAGCAGGAGAAGGCCGCGGUGCAGACGUGCGCCGACAACAUUCGAAACAUUUUGCGGGAGUCCGGCAUCCUUCAGGAGAACAACAACAACGAGACGGAGUAAUGAGUAAGGAGGGAGGGAGGGAGAAAGGGAAGGCGCUAGCGGAAAUUGCACGGCAAUUUUAGAAGGCGUCUUGAUCGAUAACGAGCGCGCGCAUCUGGCGACCGGUUCUUCUCUGUGUAUAUAGUCGAUCGGUGUAUAAUAAAUGACAGUAG